UCUGUGAAAUAGUUCAUUGUUUAUUUCAAAGUUUCAUCCAUUCAUUUUUCUAUCAUUUCAUGUUUGUAAAUGUGGUCCAUUCAUUCAUCCUGCAAUUUCUCCAAUCCCUCAUUCCUAUGCUCAGAAGGAAGGCAAAUAAUCUUCCAGGGAACAGUCACCUGCAUUCCUUUCUGCUUCUAUCUCAGGGACCUGGCUCACAGUGGGUGACCCUUCUGCAGAUGACUAGAGACAGGUGUGUGUGUGUGUGUGUGUGUGUGUGUGUGUGUGUGUGUGUGUGAUGGGAACUGGAAAUGACAGCGGUUCUACCCUGAUGGACACUGAUAGCCACUGACGAGAGCACUGACUCGUGGCUGGUGUGACGUCUUAAGAAAUGGUAGCUUUGUCUCAGUGUUCUCACCUGUUCCUGAGAGCUCAUGUUCCCACUCAGCUCUGUAACUCAUUUUGGCUUCUGUAAAUUUCAGCAACAUCGACUAUGUCCAGAGAGGCACUGUGCUGCCUCCAGGUUGAGUAACACUGAGUCCCCCCCCACUCAGAUUCUCAGAAAGCCCUUGGACAUGAGACUGGCAAGUGGGAGGGCGGGACAUUGCAGAGUAGGGAAGGCAGUGGCAAUACGAUCUGGAAGAAUACCCAGAAUGGAAGCCUGUGAGAUCUUUCCUCCUACACUUUGGGUCUCUGGUAACUUCAGUUUCAGUGAUCUAUGGCAGAAAGUCAGUUCUUUCCCAGACUUCCUAUUCCCAUGAGGUUGUCAUCACGCCCAGGUACAAGGUUUUUAGGAACAGUUCUGUGCAGCCCCUUGAAUGCAGCACAACAGCAGCCUUUGACCUUCUGACAUGUGCAGCCUGCUUCCUCCCUCUCAGGCCCAGGUCUGGUAGAACAGUGGAGGGAGAAGCUAUUGGCCCAAACACAUGGAGCCGAAGGCUAGAGGCUAGGAGACAUGGAUGGUCACAGACGCUAUGAGGCAUGGUCACAGAUGUCACAGAUGCUAUGAGACAUGGUCACAGAUGCUGUUAGACACCAUCACAGGUGCUGUAUUGCAUCACAAAGCAUGGCCUCCCUCUAGGGCCUGGACCUCAAGGUCAGGGUUUACAGAGCUGCCUGGCCAGAGUGUGAGCUGAGAGUGUCAGAGACACAGAAGAGCCACAAGCUGGAGUGGCCAGAGUGAGGAAGGAGCCCAGCAGGACGAGCAGACCUACAGCAGCAGAACUCCAAGAGGACGCGGAAGACAACCACCUCUUGGGCCUUUUGCCUGAGGGACCAUGACAAAAUACUUGUGGCCCUUCAUGCUCCUCCUCACCAUUCCAGUGGCCCUGGCAGCUGGUGCGGAUCAAGCCAAGAAUGAAGUGAAGACGUUGAGGUACUUUGAAUCCAUCAGCAUCUCGAAUGCCAAUGUGAAGCAGUGUGUAUGGUUUGCUAUGAAAGAAUACAACAAGGGAAGUGAGGACAAGUACAUCUUCCUCGUGGACAGGACUCUGCAUGCUAAGCUUCAGAUUACAGACCGAAUGGAAUACCAGAUUAACGUUCAGAUCGCCCGCAGCAAUUGUAAAAAGCCUCUAAACAAUACUGUAAACUGCGUCACUCAAAAAAAUUCCAAAUUGAAAAAGAAAGUAAAUUGCAGCUUUUUGGUAGGGGCGCUUCCCUGGAAUGGCGUGUUCACCCUGUUGGACAAGGACUGCAAAGAUAUCUAAGGGUGUCUUGGAGCAUCCCUCCCACUUCUGGGUCUGCCUUUCUCUGUGAUAAAAGAGCAACAUUGGUUCAAGGCUGCCACCAUCA